AUGGCGCUAUUAAUCGAGCUGAUAUAUUUAGUAAGUAGCAGCAGUUACCACUAAGGAGUUGGGGUGUGAGCGCCGCUGAUACAAAUAGCAACCUCACUUUCUGUCAUCUAUUUGUAUGCAUUACAAUGGGAAGCUUCAUAGGACAUGCAGUCCCUGGAACUAUGUUUAUUCUCAUCUCUAUUUGGUGGUACGCGGGCGCCCUCCGAGUUUGUUUUCGAAAUAUUAUGACCUCUGAUAGCACCACUCUCGUCCAUCAGAGACGAAAAGCCAAGGCGGAUAAGGAUGGGAAAAAGAUAAGAAAUCGUGCAGUUUAUGGAUGCAUGGGAGGAAAGCUACCUUUUGAACCAAUCACUAAAGUGUCCUUGGCAAUAAUCGGGAUCUUGGGAGAACUACUUUACGAGAAGCAGUGGGCUCUCUUGGACAAGGAGCAUAACUUUGUUAAAGAACACUUGAAUAACUAUGCUCAUGCUUCGAUGUUUGGCUUUUUUGGACUGUCUGGGAUAAUCGAUUUAGUAAUGAUUUAUGAUGUAGCUCCAUUCCCUGACGGCCUCGACUUUGUAUUUGCUUCAUUGGCAUUCUUUGUUGAAGGGGUAUUGUUCUAUUUUCAUCUCGAUGGUCGUCCACACCUCAGUGUCCGUGUUCACACUUUCAUUUACAUGCUUGCGUUCUUCACUGCCAUGGUUUUCGUAAUAGAGAUGUGGGCGUCCAAUCAAUCAAUCCCUGCUCUUGUCCGUGCCUUUUUGACGUCUGUUCAUGGAGCUUGGUUCUUCCAGAUCGCGUUCGUCUUACACGGCCCAAACCCAUGGAAGAACACAUCAGAAAAUAUCGAAUUUGUAGCUAUUGCGUUCGUGAUGCACGUUUUCACUUGGGCAGUUGUGUAUUUAGGAGUUUUUGUGGCUGUUUAUCGUGGUUGUUAUGCCUCUAAGUUAGGAGUUCGAGAACCCUUACUCCAAGAGGAAUCAGCUGACGAGGAUUUUUGAGAACGCUACAAGUGUACCUGUACGACAAGACGAACAGCCAAAUAUUUGAUUAAAUAGAAGAAAGAAGCGCAAAGAAACAUUACCAAAAUUUCGACAUUUGUCCAAGAACAGCACUUAAGGUUCUUAGAAUGGAAAUGUAAAUAAGGAAAUAAUGUCAUUUGCACUGACUCAUACGAGCACCUCAAAAUAACUACGGAGUUGACAGUCUACACUAUAAUAUAAAAUACUUUGGCAACAAGUUUUCAGUUAAAAUUUAAACAUUGCUAAUUCAACAUUGCUAAUAUGAUCCGUAUUAUAAUGAUCUCAACGUCGACAGAAUCACAGUUAUCACCCUUUGCAUGCAGAUUAUUUACCACGCUAUUCAGUUCAAACAGCUAUAAGCGAAAGCUUUUAGUCAUGAGACUCGUCGCGCUCGUCGCAAAUUGUUUAUCUCAUUUUCUUUAUCGUUGUACUUAAUUCUGCCAACCAAAAAAAGUCAGGAUAAAAUAGGAAUGUUUUAGUGGUAACAUCUUUUCUAUGCCAAGUAUUUUCCUAACUUAAAAAUAAAAUACCGUACUGAUUGAAAAAACAAGGCGUCUUUCACCAAGUAAACCGUUAUGUUUUCAAACAAGUUUUUAACAGGUACUUUAAUUAUCCUAUCAAUGAUUGUUUGUAGCUAGAGACACGUCAGUAAUCGCUUAGUGCUCCAACAUUUACAUAUGUUUAUGAGUCCCUUCGCUGAGAUAACGAGACGUUGAACCAUUUCUAAUUGUUUCCGCGUCUUUUAAACUGAAAACAAGUAUUGAUUUUUGACAUUACCAAAAGUCGUUAUUCUGUUGCGGAAACGUUUGUCACCUUUUCAUGUAAUGUUUAU